UCUCAGACUAUUAUCAAGAGUAAUUAUCCACUCUUGCUAUUAUUUUACUAGGAAUGGAGUCUGGAGAGAGGGACAGGAUUGUCAGUCUUAGUAAAAAUGGGUUCAUAGCAUUGUGGGAUGGUAAAGAUGGGAUGCGUCUUAAGACUGUCAAUAAUCUUGGAAAUGGAAUGCAUUAUGGAAUAAAGCUGCAGGUGUGGAGUCUAUCAUUGGUAAGCUUCAUUGAGAGGAAGGUUCUGCUGCUCCUGAUUUCAAGUCUCAUUUCACUGGCUGUCUCUCUGACUCAUGGCAGUCCCCAGCCACUUCUUGUUCCCUUAUUGACUCAGUUGUCAGUUAUCAUAUUCCUGGGAAUUCCCAACCAUUGCAAUCAUUACAUGCUCAAUGGGACAUGGCCACAAAUUGUCAAAUUGAAACCUGCCAAUCAACAAAAUUCACCAAAUCACUCCCUCCAAUAUUAUCAGCCUUACAUGUACAUGUACAAUGUACUGUACCCUCUUUUUCAACCCUCCAUCUCUCUCAUCCUUUCUAUUAUAUGAUCUUUAUUUCUAUUUUUUUUUUAUUGUUUUAAAUGUGCAUUAAUUCUUUAUAUUUUCUCUCCCUCUGUAUCUCUCUCCCUCUCUCUUUUUCCAUUAGUAUCCCAGUAUCAGUGCUGGUCCUUCUUCUAAUAUUACUGUUUCUUUAUUUUUGACACAGUUCGGUCGGUUGAUCUGUGGAUUGUCCAAUGGUGGUAUUAUAGUUCUAUCAGGAGCUC